UUGUGGAUAUAUAAAGGCAGAGCCACGCCAUGGAGGACGACAUGAUGGAAGUGUGGCUGGACGACCACCUCGACUUCACGCGCUCCUACUUUGUCAGGAAAGCGUCCAGGGACAUGGUGAACGCCUGGUUCGCGGAACGCGUCCACGCCAUCAAGCCGCCCGCUUCCAAAGACAGCCAGUCCACCGUCGGCAUCUUGGACAAUCGCUCCCACGCGGCCAGCGCGGCCCCCAGCCAGUCGCCCGGGGCCCCGACUCGCAAAAUCUCCGCGUCCGAAUUCGACCGGCCGCUCCGGCCCAUCGUGGUGACGGACCCGGAGGGCGCGGUGACGUUUCUGAGCGACGCCGACCGCGAGAGCGCCCCCCCGCGGGGCUGUGGCAUGCCGGAAGGUGAAACCGGAGGCGGGAGCGCUAAGGCGGAGGCCGGCGGCGGCAGUAACCGGGGCGAUCGUUGCGCUCGACUGCUGGAGCUGGUGAAGGACGUUUCGAGCCACCUGGACGUGACAGCACUCUGCCACAAGAUCUUCCUCCACAUCAACGAGCUCAUUGCUGCCGACCGCUACUCAUUAUUCCUGGUGGGCGAGGACAGCUCCAACGCAAAGUUCCUGAUCAGCCGCUUGUUCGACGUGGCCGAGGGCUCCACGCUGGAGGAAUCGUCCAGCAGCAGCAUCCGGCUGCAGUGGAACAAGGGCAUCGUGGGACACGUGGCCGCCACAGGACAGCCACUCAACAUCAAGAACGCUUAUGAGGACCCUCGAUUCAACGCGGAGGUCGAUAUGAUCACGGGUUACAAGACGCAGAGUAUUCUGUGCCUGCCCAUCAAGAACCACCGAGACGAGGUUGUUGGAGUGGCUCAAGCUAUCAACAAGAAGAAUGGCAAGGAUGGAGCCUUCACCCAGCAGGACGAAAAGGACUUCUCGGCUUACUUGGCCUUUUCGGGCAUCGUUCUGCACAACGCCCAGCUCUAUGAGACGUCACAGCUAGAAACCCGACGUAAUCAGGUACUGUUGGAACUGGCCAGUCUCAUCUUUGAGGAGCAGCAGUGUCUGGAGGUUUUACUCAGGAAGUUCGCGGGAACCAUCCUGUCCUUCAUGCAGGCCCAGGCUUGUACGGUCUUCAUUGCCGAGAACGACUCCACAGAGAAGCCCUUUUCCAGUGUCUUCCACAUGGAAUAUGAGGGGCGAGGUGAAGUCCUCAAUUCCCCCAAGAGGGAAGCUCGUCGUGUCAACCAGAUCAACUACAUGUACGCUCAGUAUGUUAAAAACACCAUGCAGCCCCUCAACAUUGCCGAUGUCGCCGAAGAUCAACGCUUCCCCUUGACGUGUGAAAAGCGACAUCAGACUCGUAAACAGACAAAGAGUUUGCUCUGCACUCCAAUCAAGAAUGGCAAGAAGGACAAAGUCAUAGGUUGCUGCCAGUUAGUGAACAAGAUGGACGACGUGUCGGGCGCCACGAAGGCCUUCAACAGGAACGACGAGCAAUUCUUGGAGGCUUUCGCCAUCUUUUGUGGCCUGGCCAUCCAGAAUACCCAGAUGUACGAGACCGUGGAGAGAGCCAUGGCCAAGCAGCAGGUCACUUUGGAGGUCCUCUCAUAUCACGCUUCCGCUGCUGCAGAAGAGUCCCAGUGGCUCCAGGCGGCCACAAUUCCGUCGGCCCAGUCGCUGCGACUGCUGGACUUCGGCUUCAGCGACUUCGACUUGUCAGACACCGAAACCACGUUGGGCACCGUGCGCAUGUUUGUCGACCUCGACCUGGUGCACAACUUCCAGAUGAAACAAACGAAUUUAUGUCAGUGGAUUCUGAGCGUCAAGAAGAACUACAGGAAGAACGUGGCCUACCACAACUGGAGACAUGCUUUCAACACUGCCCAGUGCAUGUUCGCACUCCUUAAAUCGGGGCACCUGCAGAAUCGUUUAAGGGAUUUGGAGGUUCUGGCUUUGAUGAUCGCUACUCUCUGCCAUGACCUGGACCACAGAGGAGUCAACAACUCCUACAUACAGAGGAGUGAGCACCCGCUGGCUCAGCUUUACUGCCACUCCACCAUGGAGCACCACCAUUUUGACCAGUGCCUCAUGAUCCUCAACAGUCCAGUAAGCGCACGUGCACAAAAUGGUGGCCUUUAUGACACAUCCGAGGUUCUCGUUCUCGAACUGUUUCAGGGCAACCAGAUCCUGAGUGGCCUCUCCCUGGAUGAGUACAAAUGCACUCUAAAGAUGAUUGAGAGAGCUAUUUUAUCCACCGACCUGGCCCUGUACAUGGAGAGACGCGAGGAGUUUUUUGAGCUCACGCACAACAGACGGUUCGUUUGGGAGUGCGAUCGCCACCGAGACUUGCUUAGGUCGAUGCUGAUGACUGCGUGCGACGUAUCGGCAAUCACCAAGCCCUGGCCGGUGCAAAAGAGGAUCGCGGAGCUGGUGGCCACCGAGUUCUUUGAACAAGGGGACAAAGAGAGACGAGAACUGCGCAUCGAGCCCUGCGACCUGAUGAAUCGGGAGAAGCGAGAUAAGAUUCCCAGCAUGCAAGUUUCCUUCAUUGACGCCAUCUGCACGCAGUUAUACGAGACCCUGGCGGGCAUGUCCGACUUUUGUUCCCCUUUGCUGGAGGGAUGCCGGACGAACCGUCAGCAUUGGAUGUGCUUGGCGGAGGAGCGCGACAAAGGCCCGGUCAACAGUCUGGCGUGAACGUGAACGAGGACGCUCAUGGGACUUGCUCACAUUGUUCUUACUUUUUUCACAUGUUUUUUUGUAAGGUGAUGGGGGGGGAUAAGAUUCUUUUCACAACAUAUACGUUAUUAAGCUAUCACGAACAACAGCCUACUGACUAACGAUACUGUGACAGUAUUCCAAGCACAUCACAAUAAAGCGAUGUAUUAAAAACUGUCACGUCAAUUUUGCCAAUGAUAACGAUGGGUGUAUCGGUACAGCAAUCGUGCGAUGCAACGGUAGAAAACUCGAUUCAUCACAAUAUCGACUGUUAGCGGAAUCGCAGGAGUAACCCGCGAUACGAUAUUGCAAUAUUUGGCCAACGGUGUCAUCAGAAUACAGAGAUUGUGUGACAAUUCACACGGUGCAACUUGCACAUACAAAAUGAUCCCAACACAGCAACUGUGGCAUAACGGACAUGAAUCUCAAUUGAUGCACGAGAAGCGCUAGUGCGUUUUUGUUAUUUCCUUGUUUGUUGCAUGUAUUAUAGGAAUAGGCAAAGAUCUCUGGUUACCAUGGCGAUGGUCCGCUAUUGAUGGACCAGCCAUGACGGCUCUCCUUGCGUGUCGGUCGGUACGAAGACUAUUAAUUGCAGUGCUUCUCGCGAACACAAGUCGUUGGGCACCAAUUUUUUUUUGUCAAUACAGUACAGAGGCUAUUUAUUUUUAUUGUUUUUCACCGAGUGGCUUCGAACUCAUGAUGAACACACAAGUUAAAAAAAAAAAAAAAAAAAAAAACUUCAAUUGGGAUGCAGAUUAUAUCUACAGACUACUGCAGUGUGACUCUCACAAACAUAUUUAUUUGUUGAAUGUAUUUAUUAGCCUAAUGUAUAUUGUCUUUUUUGAAGCACUUUUUUCAGAGGACACUAUUAAAUUGUUAUUUUUCAUACCAAGUUAAAAAAACACUUUUUUUUUUUUUUUUUUCCUCCACUGCCUUGUCAUAAAAUAGUCACAAAUACAUUUUGGGAAAUGUGCACGGUGAUUUAAUUCAACAUGGCUUGACAACCAGAAUUUCGUAAUCAGUUCCAAUACGACAAUUCGGAGCUACCUCUCAGACGACGUUGCCCUAAGAAAUAAAUUCUGUGAAAGAUUGUUUUCUUUUGCCUCUUUCUUAACACCACAGCUCUGAUAAGAAACACGAAAAGUUAUUUCAAAGAGUUCCCUACCAAGGAACGCACAGAAACUUGUGUUGAAGUCAACACUGCGCUUACCUUCUCUUGCUUGCUUAAUGGAC